AUGCAUCUGCACUCACCUUAUAGACUGGGCCCUGAGUUCCAGGACAAGAUUCGAGACUUUGGAUACUCCAAUCACGGCAAUCACAACUCCAUGAGCUUAUUACAGACUGCAGAGCUGUAUGGAUGUCAAGAUACAAGUGUUGCUACCUCCUCUGCCACAAACCAGCCCUCUUUUGGAAGCGACUUAGACCGUAAUUUCAAGAAAUUGGUGCGCCAGUUGCCUUCCCAGGCCUGCAUCGACAUAUUGGUCCAAACGUUUUUCUCUAAUGUCAAUUGGCAGUAUGAUUUGCUAGACGAGGAAGGCUUUGGCGAAGACCUCGACGCAUGGAGAAAGCUCUCAUAUUCUGAACUUCAAGUGGGCUUAGAAAGAUUCACGCCGCGGACCCUUGCGUUCCCUGCACUACUGUUUCAAGUCCUUGCGCAUGCGCUUCUUUUUCACCCUCCUCAUGACGAACUUGUCAGUUCUCUUAUGAAUAUGGCUGGUAUGACUUUCCAUGAUCUCGCGGCCGAACAUAGUGAUUCAGGUGUUGAAUUACUCGCUCUUCUGGGGAAAAAGGAUAUCACAGUCUCCAUGGUACAAGCAGGCUUGCUACGAGCCUCAUUUUUGAAAAGUAGUGGCAAAGUUGUUGAAGCCUGGCAUGUACUUGGGGCAACAAUCCGCGAUGCACAGGAAAUUGGUCUGCAUACUGGACGAGUUGUAUCUGAACUAUCUUCGAUCAACCUCAAGCGUGAGAGAAGAUAUUCCAGAUUCGUUGGUCACAAAAUCUGGGUGGUCCUGCAUAUUUGGGACGUUCACAUGGCUGUCGUUCUCGGCCGACCGAUUGCCACUGAUUUCCAAAUAGACCGAUUCGCUUGCGCUAUAGAGGACGUUGAAAUGCGGCGAGACUUGUUCUCGCAUUGGCAAACCGAGACUGAUCUCCCUCGACCAUUUGACAUUGUCCUCGCCGGCUAUAAUGUGGCUUAUCGAUAUUUCAAGGACAUUCACCAAAUAGAACAAAACGGUGCUAAGUACCAAGACUACCACACGGUUGAACAUAUUCACGCCGCAAUCAAGAGAAAUUCCGAGCUUUUACCGUCUUGGUGCCGUCUGGUAAACCCAGAUACGAAGUUUGAUCGAUUACGCGGGUGCGAAUGGUUACCUGUUGCCCGAGAAGGACUGUCCUCGCUAAUCUACUUGGUUGUUCUCGCACUUCAUCGACCCUUCAUAUUCUCUGUCGCCAAUAGUCGCACUGAAGCCCUCAAAGCUGGACUAUGCAUUCUUCGUGCACAGGAACGACUAGUUCAACAGUUAGAGCCGUACCAGUGCAAGGUUUUCAAUCCGGUCUACGCUUCUUUCGAUGCGAUUGUCCUGAUUGCAGCGCUCUGCCUCGUCUUUCCGACCGAGGAUAUCGAACUACGAGCAGAGUGUAUAUACGGUAUUGAGAGAGGGAUGCAACGGCUGGGAACUAUUGGUCAAUCCAAUGCUAUGGCAAAGUCCGCGCAUGGCAUUGUGUGUAGCUUAUACCACCGCCUCGGUAUCUCCGAAACUGCAGAAGACGCCAGAGAAUGUUCCAGCGAUUCACAAUGGAUCUCACCUAAGACCACAGGUUUUCAUAAUUCGACACAAUCAGCACUUUCUUUUGAUUCCGUGCUACCUCCACGUCCAACCCAUGACCUAUUCUAUGACCACCUAUCCAUCUCGCAAACUCCGAUGGCUGAUACACCAAACAGUUUAUCAUUUGACCCUCUAACUGUUGACCUUACUAAUGGAUGGGAUUUCACGGGAACUUUCUCAGAUACCAGCUUCUGGAAUUUAAUAAAUGAGUGA